AUCACUGCAGAAUCAUUGUGCAAAAGAAUUGGUGCCUUUGAUCACAUGGAUGAUUUUGUCGGGCUUUCUUAUACUUCCUCGGAAUUUGAGAACCUUCCUGCAUUGCAGAAGACAAUUGCCUUGCAGCGGAUGUCAAUUUUCACACGGGUGGAACCAUCUCACAAGAGGAUGCUCGUUGAAGCAUUGCAGCACCAAAAUGAAGUGGUUGCAAUGACUAGAGAUGGAGUCAAUGAUGCACCUGUUAGAGGUAUGCUCAACAUUGGAAUUUCCAUGGGAUCUGGAACUGCAGUGGCAAAGAGUGCUUCAGAUAUGGUUUUGGUUGAUGAUAGUUAUGCCACAAUAGUUGCU